UUCUCCAUAAGAUCAGCAUUCCAAGUUGCAGCAGCCAUGGAUCUCACUCUUGUGUUGUCCAUUCUCUUCCUCUCAUGUCUCCACGGCGUGAGCUCCGACCCCCGCUACUUCACCUCACUUUUUACCCUGGGAGACUCCUACAUCGACGCUGGCAACUUCGUGAUCAUGGCUGCUCGGAUGGUGCCGCCCGUGCCCGUGUGGCAUGACAAGCCUCCUUACGGCAUGACUUUCUUCGGCUAUCCCACGGGCCGCCUCAGCGACGGGAGAAUCAUCACCGAUUUCAUUGCCGAGCAGUUUGGUCUCCCUCUUCUUCAGGCCUCCUUGUUGAAUAUCUCAGACGUCUCAAAAGGCGUAGAUUUCGCUGUCGGUGGUGCGACAGCGAUCGACGUUGACUUUUACGAGAGGAACAAGCUGGUUCAGUUCAAGCUUCUGAACAAUUCUCUGAGUGUGCAGCUUGGUUGGUUGGAGGAGCUCAAGCCAUCAAUUUGCAAGGCCAAGAAAGGGUGCAGAGGUUGCUUCAGUAAGGCAUUAUUCUUCGUUGGGGAGUUUGGAGUGAAUGACUACAACUUUGUAUGGAGUGCGGGGAAGACUGAAGACGAAGUGAUGUCUCAUGUACCAAUAGUUGUGGAAAAUAUCGUCAGAGCCGUGGAGAGGCUUAUUAACGGAGGCGCAAUACAUGUUCUCGUGCCGGGAAAUCCACCAAAUGGAUGCUCGCCUACCAUACUCACCCUCCGCUCGAGCCUCAAUCAGACGGGAAACUACGACUACAUGGGCUGCCUAAGUGACAUCAACCGGGUGGCUAUGCACCAUAACUCCAUGCUCAAUGCAUCAAUCGGUGCUCUCAGGGGCAAGUACCCCCAUGCCAGGAUCAUAUUUGCUGAUUUCUACGAACCAAUUAUCACCCUCCUCCAAAGCCCCAACCAAUCCGGAGAUGUCAAUGCCGAUGCUCUCCGAGCUUGCUGCGGAGGUGGCGGGGAGUACAAUUGGAAUGCAAGCGCUAUAUGCGGCAUGCCGGGAGCUACCGCCUGCAAUGAUCCAUCGACAUUUGUGAGCUGGGAUGGGGUUCACUACACGGAGGCCACCUACCGGUACAUCGCAGAGGGGUGGUUGCACGGUCCUUUCGCCGAUCCACCCAUACUUAGUGAAAUGGGCCAUUAAUUUGAAAGAAAAACUUGAAGAAAAUUUAUCAUUGCAUGCAUGGUAAGGAGUGUACCAAAGGAAUCAAUAAAAGUUAUCGCUUAUACAA